UCCUUCUUUCCGGUUCCGCCUCCUUUUCCGGUCCGCCAUGCGCGUGGAGCGGUGCUACUUCUGCUCGGGGCCGGUCUACCCGGGCCACGGGGUGCUCUUCGUGCGCAACGACUGCAAGGCCUUCCGCUUCUGCCGCUCCAAGUGCCACAAGGGCUUCAAGAAGAAGCGCAACCCCCGGAAGGUGCGAUGGACCAAGGCCUUCCGCAAGGCCUCCGGGAAGGAGCUGGCCACGGAUAAUUCAUUCGAGUUCGAGAAGCGGAGAAAUGAGCCGGUGAAAUACCAGCGAGAGCUUUGGAACAAGACAGUGGAUGCGAUGAAGAAAGUGGAGGAGAUCAAGCAAAAGCGUCAAGCCAAGUUCAUCCUGAACAGGUUAAAGAAAGGGAAAGAGCUGCAGAAGGCCCAAGACAUCAAGGAGGUCAAGCAGAACAUCCACCUCAUCCGGGCUCCGCACGCAGGCAAAGCCAAGCAGCUGGAAGAGAAGAUGGUGCAGCAGUUACAGGACACAGUGGAGAUGGAGGACGCCUCCUAGGAAACCUCGAUCCCUCUUGGUUGUUUGUGUGCAAAGCCCUCUUUUUGCUUCCGACUGGGUGCUCUUCAAUCUAUUCUGUAUGUCGACUGUUGGAUAAGAGGACAAUACAAAUGUUGCAGGGACAGAGAAAGAGGCCUGUUGAUAUCCUACAUCUAGUGAACCAUAUGGCGCAUCAAAUAAAAACAUGGGUGUGAAAAAAUACCAGCCUGGUGCCUGCUUGGUCUGAUUGGAAAAGCACUGAGCAAUAUGUUCUAUGGGGUGUUGUGUCGUUUCCGUGCUGUGUGGCCUGUGUGUUCUAGCAGCAUUUUCUCCUGAUGUUUCACCUGCAUUUGUGGCUAGUGGCAUCUUGAGAGGAUCUGAUGCUAGCAGGGCAAAUUGAUUUUAUGUUAUGCCUUUUAAAUUCAUUUGUGUGUUUUUGUAUUUGAUAUCACUGUAUGCUUGUUUUAUGUCUGUGAGCCGCCCCGAGUCCCUCUGGGGAGAGGGUGGCGGGGAACAAAAAUAAAAUUAUUAUAAUAUUAUUAUUAUUACCUGUGGAAUGUCUAUUAACCAAGUGUGAAGGAUGCUAUUAGUGGCUGGUAUUGAGAUGAAGGAACAGCAACUCCUUGUUUCUUUGUAUGUAAUGUGGUUUCUCUCAUGUAGGGGUGUUGUGUUAUAGGCGUGUAGUGUGGAUUCGCACUUGUAAGAGUGUUAAGUUCAAUGCAGUCAUAGAUACGGUGAGCCUGUGGUGUUGUGAAAGUUCCCUUGGCUGUGAGAAAUGAGGGGCAGAAGCGUAGAAAAAAGGUUAGAGGACACAAUUGGUGUGUUUUCCUGAGUUGUCGUUUUCCCAAUCUCUGUGUGUCUUGGAACUAUUUCUUCCCAUAGAGAUGUUGAAUGUAUUGUCAAAAUCUUUCACUUGCUGUGAGUUUUCUGGUCUGCCUGGCCAUGUUCCAGAAGCAUUCUCUCCUGAUGUUUCACCCACAUCUAUGGCAGGCAUCCUCAGAGUUUGUGAGGUCUGUUGGAAACUAGGCAAGUGGAGUUUAUAUAAUAAUAACAAUAAUAAUAAAGGAAGUGUUCGACUUGUGA